GAAAACACGAACUCGUCGGGAAAUCCAGUGAAUUUCGUUUCUUCCAGUUUGUAUUAGUUACCUUCUCAGUAUUCCCUUUGCAGUUGAAAUUUUUGACUUCGUGGGGAAAAAAAUGUUGUUCACUCUCCUGGCGCUGUUUUCAGCUCCCAUCAUCAUCUACAGCAAUUCACUGUCGAAUGCCGUCGCAGUCGACAGUCCAAUGGGCCGAUCACAUUCCAGGCCGAUUCACGCACGAGUAGAAGAAGUGCUAGAUAGAAAGGAAGUUCCGUUUUUGGUCAGGUUUCAAUCCGAAGAUGAUCCUUCAUACACCUACAACGGGAUCCUGAUCUCAGAAAAAGCAGCCUUGGCUCCAGGAAGCAUGAACGAGAUGCGAAACAUUCCGUUGCGUCCACAUAAAAGAAGGCCCACCUUUCGAACCAUCCUCGGGGAUCUGGAUCAAAAUGUCCGAGAGGCCGGAGAAAUUGAGUUCCGAGGGAUGUCAUUCUCAUCCGGAGAUGCGAUCCCGAAACUGCGUGCAGGCUCUGACAGCGCCUUUCUUGUCGUGUUCCCGCGCCCUGUUCGGCUCACGGAACGCAUUCAACCCAUCCGGGUGGGCAACAAUAACAGGGACCGAAUGAUUGCCUCCGAUUAUUCCCUGCGACCCGUCUUCGUCUACGGAUGGACCGACGAGUUUGCCAAUCCCGUGAGGAUCGAAACGAACGGGAAAUCCGACGAGGAUUGCAAGCGAGGACGUGCUGCACGCUCCAACGGCGGGUUCUGCGUCAGCAACGCAGCUCUGUCGAAAUUCACUCGAUCGCAAAACUCAAAGCAUCCCAUGCGGUUAGCCGGAGCUGCAGUGACGACCAAAUCUUCGGACAACUCUAUUUUCUUGCUUGGAACCGUGGCUGAUUCCCUGCCGAUCGUCAGUGGCAACGACAUGAGGAACAGUCCGUUGACGGAUGAGUCGAACCCGGAACUGCUGCAAGUUCUCAACUGGGGCCAAUACCAAAAUGCUUUAUCCAGAGCUAACGGGAAUUGUGACGACUCAACUACGACUACGACUUCUGAAACCCCUGCACCUUCUACCAAAGCGGAAACCGUCCAAUGGUUUUUGUCAAUGCUGCGACGCCUUCUGGGAGCCUCGUCCAACGCUUGAUUUCAAAAUGAGAGAGAGUUCGUUAUUGGGUGCUUAGAUUUACGAACCCGGG